GCUCGCCUGUGGCUGGGCGAUCACCUCUGGCGGAUGCGCAGGUUCGGCGGGAGGGCGUGGGGCCGGUGGCCUCUACGCCCCCGUCGGCCUCGGUGCCCGAGGGGGGCGCCAUAUUCGAGAUGGCGACGUGCACUCCGGACAGGCGGUCCGGGGUGGAUGGGGGGAGGGGGCAGGUGGCCUUCUCCUCCCCAGUGCUGGACUCGGCGCGCUCACCGCGCUCACCUGGUGGCGACCGGGUGGAUGUUCGGGGAGUGACAGGUGGUCGCUCGCCGGAUAAAUUCUCGCGGGAGGAGGUCAUUAUGUUUGGCGGGAUCCCGGACCAGGCAGCUGAGGGUCGACGUAUGAGUUGUCGGCUUCAGAGCCAUCCGGAGGUGGACGACAUGCAGCAGCGCUGUGCCGCGAGGGCGGCCAAGCUUCGUGACGUCCAAGUCACUACUGGUGUUGUUCCGGGCUACGGCGCUGAUCCGUACUUGGUCCUUACUCACUCCGACGGAGGCCAGGGAGCGUUUGGUUACUGGAUCUGUCCGGUGGGAGACGGUUGCGCGGGAUAUCUUCAACCGGUUUGGAUGGCGAUCAUGUAAUAGGAUAGGCAUCUAGUUUACCUACCUCAUAUUAUGCCAGCCGGUUUGUGGCUUUUCCCGUUUGUGUCUUUUAGUCGUUGCUCUGUGUGAGCUACGUGCUACCUUUUUUCAUUUGUUUGUAAGACUUAUGUUCUGAACCUCUUUAUUUCAUUAAUAAGAGAGGCCGUAUGCAUCGAUCUGAUGCAGAGGCCGGGGUAAACCCCCUUUUCCAA